UCCUCAGCCCGGGAUCGACUCCGCCGCGCCGCUCGAAUUGCCCUUCAGGUCUCAAGUACAGAAAAUGUCAACAAUAUAUCUGUGGAGGAUACGGCAAAAUGAAUCUACUAGAACGAUUUUAGUCGAGAGAGAGAUUGUAUCGGGGAGGACAUUGCAGGCCCCGUUUUUUUAACGACAUGUUUUUAGCACAGAAGAGUCUCUGCUGCCUUGGCAAUAAAGCACAUCUAUUGAAGAUUGUUUCUAUUUCAAGAUUCCUCACACUUUCUACCUGUGCAAAAAUGUCUUUAAAGCUCAAGAAUGCCAAAAGAAUCGAAGGACUCGACAGUAAUGUGUGGGUUGAAUUUACACAGUUGGCUGCAGACCCCUCUGUUGUGAAUCUUGGCCAAGGUCUUCCAGAUAUAUCUCCUCCUCCUUACGUUAAAGAGGAACUAGCCAAAGCAGCAGGAAAUGAUAGAAUGAAUCAAUACACUCGGGGUUUUGGUCAUCCUUCUCUGGUGAAAGUUUUGUCCUACGUCUAUGGAAGAGUUCAUGGAAGACAGAUUGAUCCGCUCAGUGAAAUUCUAGUGACAGUUGGAGGAUAUGGAUCUCUAUUCAGUACAAUGCAGGGACUAAUUGAAGAGAAAGAUGAAGUUAUAAUAAUAGAGCCUUUUUAUGAUUGCUACGAGCCUAUGGUAAGGAUGGUAGGAGCGACGCCUGUUUUUAUUCCACUGAGAACUAAAUCUCAGAUUGGAAGUUCAUGGUCUAGUGCUGACUGGAAGUUAGACCCUCAGGAACUGGCAAGUAAAUUUAAUUCGAAAACAAAAGCCAUCAUAUUGAAUACACCACACAAUCCUAUUGGCAAGGUGUUUACCAAAGAAGAGCUCCAAGUAAUUGCCGAUCUUUGCAUUAAAUACGAUACCCUUUGCAUCAGUGAUGAGGUUUACGAGUGGCUGGUGUACCCUGGAAAUAAGCAUAUGAAAAUAGCUUCUUUACCAGGUAUGUGGGACAGAACAGUAACAAUAGGGAGUGCUGGAAAGACAUUCAGUGUGACUGGCUGGAAGCUUGGCUGGUCUAUCGGUCCUAAACAUCUGAUAAAACACUUGCAGACCGUUCAACAGAAUACUCUGUAUACUUGUGCAACGCCUUUACAAGAGGCUUUGGCUCAAGCCUUUUGGGUUGACGCUAAACGCAUGGACGAUCCCGAGUGCUAUUUUAAUUCUCUGCCGCGGGAGCUGGAGGGAAAGCGUGACCGGAUGGCACGUCUACUCCAAAGCAUUGGCCUGAAACCCAUAAUCCCUGAAGGAGGGUACUUCAUCAUUGCAGAUGUUUCCUCACUAAAUGCGGAUCUUUCUGACAUGACGGAAAACCAACCAUAUGACUACAAAUUUGUGAAGUGGAUGAUUAAAAAUAAGAAACUGGCAGCCAUUCCUGUUUCAGCAUUUUGUAGCUCGGGGACCAGAUUGCAGUUUGAGAAAUUUAUACGAUUCUGCUUCAUCAAACAAGACAGUACAUUGGAUGCAGCUGAGGCAAUCAUCAAGGAUUGGAGUGUGCAGAAGUCUUGACGUAGGCUAAAAUUUUUAACUGUCCAAUUUUAAUUUUUACCUAACUUAAUAGCAGGAACUAAUGGACACUGUUACUAGUAACCAGAUGUUAGUUACCUAGUGCAGCCACCUAGUAGAUGUUGAAAACAAGCAUCUCAGUGGCAUCUAAGGAAUCAUUUCUGUUUUCCCAAAAUAUUUCAGUCCUUCGCCCUGCCGGAAUAUUCAAGGGGCUUCAGACCACUUCCUAAAAGUCUUCAAGCCCAAUUUUUGUAGUGCCCAAAGUUAUUCCCUACUAGUAAAUGAUCUACUUGUGGAGAGACUCAACUCUAGACCACCAGGAGGGCAGUUUAGCUAAUGCAGCAGUUGAACUAAAUUGGUCCCUGUGGAGCCCUAUUGUCCAUCACUCAUUGAGACUUUUUGACUGAGGAGCACUGAACUAAAUUCUUGGGCAAGUACACCGGCAGGAAAACAUACAUUUCCUACCCCCGGACAGUUCACUUGGGCAUCGAAAGCAUUGGGGUCAUUAAAAAUUGCUUAUUUGUUCAACCAUUUGUUCAACCAAAUGUAGAGACUUUAAAGGAAAAUGAAGUGCCAAUAAUUUAUUGGUUGGAGUGGUCUAGUAGAAAAUGAAAGCACCUGAAAAAGAGAAAUACGCAUUUCACUAACCAGUAUAAAUUACAUAAUAGAACUGAGAGUGUAUUUCUUGUGGAAGAUUUUCGUUUAUACUGUUACGCCACUGAUCUAGUGAAAUUUUUCACUCUUCCCCCUAAAUUUAAUCUUUUCUGAUUAUUUCAUAAUAAAGUUUUAAAUGACAGUUGUGAUCCCUGUGCUUUUGACAAUAUUUCACUUGGGUUAGGAGUUCCUCAAUUAAAAAAAACCACUCAUCAUUAAUUUAUUGGGGUUUGAUUUUUCUGUUUCAACUUUAGCAUUAAUAAAUUUUUUCAUCUUGAAACACAAA